AUGAGGGGUGGGGGAGGAUUCUACAAAGGCACCAACACGGAGCAGACGCCCUAUUUUGGGGAUAAGGAAAAAAAGCUAAUGGAAAAAAUGACCUGGCCUGAGAUUUACAACCAAAAGAUAGACCUCACCAAGAUCAACUUGGACGUCGUAGGAAAAUGGAUUCACAAAAGGCUCAUCGAGAUUUUAGGCUUUGAGGACGACAUACUGUAUGAGUACUGUGUCUCUCAGUUGAGGCUCGACCAGGAGGGCAUCGACGACGAGAGCGAAAACUUCCUAAACUCGAAGAGGCUGAAAAUAAAUCUUACCGGCUUCAUCGGGAACAAAAAGAGCGAAGUCUUCGUCCAAGAGCUACUGGAACUUCUCAUUUCGAACGAGCAGAAUGAGGUGCAAAUUCUGGAAUCCCAAAUGGAAACGAAAAGAAUCGAAAUGGAACAAGUCAUAAGGGAGAAUGAGCUCCUGCAGAAGGACAUUCAUAAUUUGAAGACCAUAUACACAGGAAAUGCAAACCGGAAAGACCCCCCCCCAGUGGAAAACACCAGCGGAAAAACCGGUGACCCAAACGGAAGGUCGCAGGAUCUAGGGGGUAGAUCCCAGCACCUAAGGGGUAGGUCGCCGGAUCCGAACAAACAGAUCGAUGGCGACUCGCCCAGGCACAGUGACCACAUCCACAACAAGAGGAGGAAGAAACCAACUAGAGGUUCUACUCCCGAAUGGUCCCAGUCCAGCACCGAAUUAGAGAAACUGGAAAAUUACAAAAGGAGGAAAAGUAAAAUAUAUGUUAAGAGGGGAAAGCAUCACAGUGAUGAAGACACGUCCAAUGGUGAAGACGAGGAGGAGCCGGACGGCCCUAGCUGUAUUGAGGACUCCUCUUCGGAUGAGUCAACGGAGGAAUAUAAAAAAAGGAGAAAAAAAAAUCAUAAACAUAUGUCAAGUGUAGAUGUACAUAGUUCUAGUAGUGAGCGAAGCAGUGACAGGCACAGAGAAAGGAGGAAAAGGCGAGAUCGGGGGAGAAGCCUCGACAGGGAGAGGGGCAGAGGCAGGGAUAGAAGCCGAGGAAGGGACAUAAGUCGAGAAAGGGAUAGAAGUCGAGAAAGGGAUAGAAGUCGAGAAAGGGAUAGAAGUCGAGGAAGGGAUAGAAGCCGAGAAAGGGAUAGAAGCAGGGCAAGGGAAAAGUAUCGAAACAGGGAGAGGCAUCGAGAUAGGGAUCGAAGCCGAAGUAGGGGGCGAAGCCGAAAUAGGGAUCGAAGCCCGGACAUAAGGAGGUUUCACAGAAAACGCAGAAGACAAUGGAGCGCGACGCCCUCCGACGCCAAGUCAAGCACUGCAUCCAGCAGCAGCAGAAGCAGAAGUAAAAUCGAGAGGGGGUAUGCAACAAGGGGAGGGCGAGGUAAGCAUGUACGCCCCCGGAGAAGUGUCAGUGCAACGCAAUCGGAUGGAAGAAGCAGUUCGUCUGUCUCCCUUUCACCUUCGUCCUCAGGAACAGUAAAGCAUAAGCAUCGAAAAGAGUUGGACACGGUGAAUGGCAGAAAUGGCAGGGGCUCCGUGAAAGAAUUUGACCACGACAGUACCCGAAAAUCGUCCAGAGAUUCAAACGCGAAAGAAAUUCAAAGCAUAAUGAAAAGGAAAAGCUACAACAGUAUGAAAAAGGGGCUUCGGGCCUGGUCUCCCUCCGAGAGUGAGAAUGGGUAA